UACCGCGCGAUAAAACCGCGCGUAUAUCCGACGAUCACAUCAUUGCCGCAGUAUCUGCCCUUAUCGAUGGACGCCAUCCCUCUUCCCUCCGCUCCUCACCGGCGUCCUCACAUUCGCAGAGAAGACCUUUGACAAUUUGACGUAGUCAUCGAGAUUGGAGAAAAUUUGGAGGAACGGGUGUUAUUACGGAUACAGUACUUAAGACGUACUUACGACAUUUCUGAGUACUUAAGACUUAAGUUUUUGCUUAUCGAGAAGGAGCUACGUUGGUAAACAGAUUAACCGGACUCAUUGAGAGGAAUCAAAUCUGAUUUGCUUGUUUAAAUUGAAACGCAGUUUGCUACCAUGGCUCUCCGUUCAGUAAACACUGGUGACCUUAAUUUGGAUAAUAAGAUUACAGAAUGGCUGCAAUGGAACAAGGAUCUAAAAGCAGAAGAUGAAAUACUGGAGUACUUAGACAAGAGACAGAUUAAAGUAUUAUCAAAGUUGUUUCUUAAAAGACUCGAAUUUGGCACUGCGGGUCUCAGAGGCCGUAUGGGACCAGGUUACAGUCAAAUGAAUGACUUAGUCAUUGUACAAACUGGCCAAGGAUUAAUGAAAUAUUUAUUGGACACAAUAUUUGAUGUUGCCCAGAAAGGUGUCGCAAUAGGAUAUGACGGCCGUUACAAUAGUAAAAGGUUUGCAGAAUUAACUGCCGCAAUCUUCAUAGCCAGUGGUAUUAAGGUUUAUUUAUUUUCCACAAUCUGUCCAACGCCAUUUAUACCUUACACUAUCCUGAGAUACAAGUGUGCAGCCGGGAUUAUGGUGACUGCCUCCCACAAUCCCAAAGACGACAAUGGAUACAAGGUCUACUGGGAAAAUGGGGCCCAAAUCAUUUCGCCACACGACAAGAAGAUUCAAAGCUACAUUCUUAAUAAUCUUAAGCCGCUUGAAUCCUCGUGGGAUGUGAGCCAAAUCUACGAAAGUUCCUAUUAUAAAGAUCCAAGAGACGAUAUUAUACAGCAUUAUUAUCGCGACUUAAAGGAUAAUGUUUUGUAUCCUGAAGUUAAUAGAAAUACCACGUUAAAAUUUACAUACACCGCCAUGCACGGUGUUGGGGAUAAAUAUAUGACCGCCGCGUUUGAGGCGGCAAACUUUAAACCAUUCAUAACAGUAGAAGAGCAAAAGCUGCCAGAUCCAGAAUUUCCUACAGUGAAAUUCCCGAAUCCAGAGGAGGGAAAAAGUGCUCUGAAUCUCAGCAUAGAGCUAGCAAAUAGAAGCAACUCGUCUAUAAUACUCGCCAACGAUCCUGACGCUGAUAGACUUGCGUGUGCAACAAAGAAAUCGAGCGGAGAAUGGUAUGUCUUCUCUGGAAACGAACUUGGCGCGUUACUGGGUUGGUGGAUGACUCACACUUAUCAAGUGUUACACCCUGAUGCUGAUAUGAGUAAGACAUAUAUGUUAGCGUCUACUGUUUCCAGCAAAAUUUUGGCCUCAAUGGGUAAGAAAGAAGGCUUUAAUUUUGAGGAAACUUUAACGGGUUUCAAAUGGAUGGGCAACAAAGCUAUAGAAUUAAUGAAGGACAACAAGGAGGUCUUGUUCGCAUAUGAGGAAGCUAUAGGUUUUAUGUGCGGUUCUAAGGUCUUGGACAAAGAUGGUAUCAGCGCUGGCGUACGCGUAGCUGAAUUAGCAGCUUAUCUCGAGACGAUAGGAUUGACUUUAUCUGAUAAAUUGAAAGAGAUAUACGAAGAAUACGGCCAUCAUAUAAGUGAUAAUUCCUAUUGGAUAUGUCAUGACCCAGAUAUUAUUAAGGCGAUAUUUGAGCGACUGAGGAAUUAUUCGGGCAAAUCAAAUACAUACCCAAGCGGAAUUCUUAAUGGGAAAUAUAUAAUAAAUGGCAUUCGAGACUUAACGACUGGAUAUGACAAUAUGAAACCUGAAAACAAAGCAGUUCUGCCUGUGUCAAAAUCUAGCCAAAUGAUUACAUUCACGUUCAAAAAUGGAUUAGUUACUACUUUAAGAACCAGUGGCACUGAACCUAAAAUAAAAUAUUACAAUGAAUUAUGUGGAUCGCCCGGAGAAGACUUAAGCAAAUUAAAAAGCACUCUCAGCGAAAUGGUAUCGGCGAUUGUAGCGGAAUUUCUUCAACCAGAAGUUAACGGACUUAUCGCCCGUGAGGAAUAAAUUAUGAUAAUUGUACUAUUGUCUGCGUUUCAUUUACUUCAUUAUAGUUUAUUCACUUGAAUAUUUGCAUUACAAACAAUAUAUUUUCAUAAAAAUUUUUUACCGAAUUAAAAUGAUAUCGAGUUUGUCCAGUUUCGAAAUUUAUUCAUGAGCAUUUAUGUAUAUUUAUUGUUACUUUUACUAUAUUUACAUUUGUGAUCCAUUAAUUUUAUUAUAUUACGAAAUGAAGGUGAUGUUUUUAUUGUAAGCGAUAUAAUAGUAAGUGGCUGUGUACUUUUAUAUGUGUAUUACAUGCUAACUUGUUCAUUGUUAAAAGAAAGUUACAUGCGUUAUUUUUUCUGUUUUUAUAAUUAAUACAUUGUUUGCGAAGCAGUAUGUAAGAAAUACAUAUCUUAUAGUUCUAGAAUUUGAGAAUUGAUUAAGCAAAAACCAUGUGCAAUAAAUUAAUGAUUGAAUUUA